CAAAAUAAAAAAUAAUUCUUAGAAUUAACAUUUUUUAUGUGUAUACUGUAUGUUGUCGCCAACAAAGUCUGCUUGGCGAGAUUUGCGCCGGCGAAACGGAAAAGUACCGAUAAUUCAAAUAUGCAUAUGCUUAUUUACAUAGCAGAGAAACCUCAUAUGUGUGAAAUAUGUAAUUUAGAGUAAUGGAUGCAUUAAACAACCAUAUGCUUGUUCACACAGGAGAAAAACCUUAUGUGUGUGAGGUAUGUAGCAAAGCAUUUAAAAUUAAGAGUGAGUUAAAUAACCAUAUGCAUAUUCACACAGAAGAGAAGCCUCAUACGUGUGAUGUUUGUAAGAAGUCAUUUGCACUCAAGAGUAAUUUAAGAAAGCAUAUGCUUAUUCACACAGGAGAAAAACCUCAUAUGUGUGAGGUAUGCAUGAAACAAUUUAGAUUGAAGGGUGCAUUGAACAAACAUAUGCAUAUUCAUACUGGAGAAAGAUCUCAUGUAUGUGAGGUAUGUAGCAAAGCAUUUAAAAUCAAGAGUGAGUUAAACAACCAUAUGCGUAUUCACACAGGAGAGAAACCUCAUGUAUGUGAUAUUUGUAAGAAGUUAUUUGCAGACAAAAGUAGCUUAAGAAAGCAUUUGAUUAUUCACACAGGAGAGAAACCUCAUAUGUGUGAAAUAUGCAACAAGUCAUUUAAUCUCAAGGGUAGUUUAAGUAGGCAUAUGCUGAUUCACAGAGGAGAAAAAUUGAAUGUUUGUGAAGUAUGUAUGAAGUCAUUUAAUCAUAAGUGUAGUUUAGAUUUCCAUAUGCGUAUACACAGAGGAGAGAAAUCUCAUGUCUGUGAUGUAUGUAAUAAAUCAUUUAGCAAAAGGAGUAAGUUAAGUGAGCAUAUGCAUAUGCAUACAGGAGAGAAACCUCAUAUAUGUGAUGUUUGUGAGAAGUCAUUUGUAAACAGCAGUAAUUUAAAAAAACAUAUGCUUAUUCACACAGGAGAAAAACCACAUAUGUGUGAGGUAUGUAACAAGGCAUUUGCUUUAAAAAAAAGUUUAAACAGGCAUAUGCUUCUCCACAGAGAACAAAAGUUUUAUGUCUGUGAUGUAUGUAAGAAGUCAUUUAAUCAAAAGAGUAAUUUAGAUAUGCAUAUGCUUAUCCACACUGGAGAAAAAUCUCAUUUGUGUGAAGUAUGUAACAAGUCUUUUGGAACAAAGAGUGAGUUAAGCAAGCAUGCACGUAUUCACACAGGAGAGAAGCCUCAUAUAUGUGAUAUUUGUGAGAAGUCAUUUACUGAUAGCAGUAAUUUAAAAAAGCAUGUGCUUAUUCACACAGGAGAAAAACCACAUGUAUGUGAGAUAUGUAACAAAGCUUUUAGAAUCAAGAGCGAUUUGAAUAAGCAUGUAAAUAUUCACAGAGAAUAGGAAGAUCAUAUAUAUAAUGUAUGUAAGAAAUUAUUUACAUGGAGCAGUAAUUUCAGCAAGCCUUUGCUUGUCUGCACUAUAAAGAAACCUCAUGCUAGUGAUAUAUGUUACAAGUAAUUUAGUAAGACAUUUUUAAUAAGCUUAUGCAUCACACCGGAGAAAAGCCAUGUGUGUAAGGUAUGUAACAAGGCAUUUAAUCAAAAAUGUAAUUUGAAUAAGAGGGCACAAAAUCUCAUCUGUAUGUUUAUGUGACAAAUUGUGUAGAAUAAAGAGGGAGUUAAAGCAUAUGCUUAGCCAUACAACAAGGAAGCUGUAUGUAGCAAGUGAUAUCAGAAGAGAAAUAUUUUGAAUGAGAAUGCAGAGGAGAGUAAAUUUGUGUGUGUGAUAUAUGUAAUAAGUCAUUUAGUAAAAAGGGUAAAUUAAAGGUGCACAUGCAUUUUUAUACAAGAAUGUAGUUUUAUUUCUGUGGAGUAAGUAAAAAAUCGCUUACACACAAGAGUAGUUUAAAAGCGAAUGUACUUGCUGAUUCAGGAGGAAGAUUCCAUGUGUGUGAUUGUAGGUAAAUUGAUUAGAUGGAAAGGUGAUUUAAAGACAUUUAGUUAGUCCACACAGAAAAGAAGUUUGAUACCUCAUAUCUUAUAGUGGGAAAUUUAGAUUUAGAAGAAUAUUUGCUAAUAUGGCAGAAUAGUUUAGACCAUGUAGCUGAGAAAUCUCAUUAUGUGAAGUAUGUAACAGGGCAUUUUGGCUUAGUAAGGCGUUUAAUAGUUUGAGGGAGAGAAAAACUUCCAAUGUACGUGAUGAGCCAAGUCACUUCAAAGAACUGCAGAAUGAAAGUAACAUUUAAUUUUUGGUAGCAUAUAAGAAGUAUUCGGUUGCAAAAGAAAUUUUUGAAGCAGUGCAUAGCUAGGCUAACUGAAAAUAUUUCACUAAUUUGGAAUUGGAGGACUCUAUGGCCCUUGAUUUCUUUUUCUCCCAUAAUUUUUAUCAUCCAUAUUGGAUUACAUGUACUGUAGUGUUCACAAGCAGUUUUAAACAUGAUAUGUACUGUUCUAUGAUUUCCUUUUAAACAUAGCCAACAAGGCAUUUUUCACUUUUUCUUAUUAAAAAAAAUUCUAUGUUAACAGUGUCCUGAUAUAAAAUAUCACUAGGUAAUAUGCAAUGUAUUUUAAUACUGGGAUAUCAAUUUAAGACAAUGCCACAGCAGUAACUGAUAGUUAGGCCUUAUCUUUGAGCAUAUCCAAUUUUUUUUUUUUGCUCAUAGUUUUACAGAAAUCAUUUCUAAGAUGUUUUACAUAAUGAUCAGUGUUAAUUGUCUAAUUGUAGAAGUGUGAUGUUGAAAUAAGUAAUCUGCCAGUAUGGAUUUUGUGGAUCACGUAUGUGUUAUCACCUCAAAGUACUUCGGGGAAAGUGCAGAAUCGCCCACUGCUUCUCGCGUUUCACAAAAUCACCAACUAGAAAAUAACAAGUCAAAGAAUUGCACAGAUUUGUGUACUACAGAUUGUUGUGCGUAUUAAUGUACACAUCGAUACGUGCCAUAUAAGUGGGCGAUUCUGCUUUAACUUGAAAAUAACAAGUCAAAGAAUUGCUUAAAUUUGGUAUCCAUGUACACAUCAACCUAUUUUCACUUAAAAACAUAUCGGAGAAUUGCACAAACUUGGCAUUGUGCACUCGCUUGACUUUGUCCAUGUACACAUCGAUACGUGCUAUAUAAGUGGGCGAUUCUGCACUUUACCCAGUACGUCUACUGUUAAAAUGCUAAAACAUGGCUAUAUUGUUAGUGUUACAUGUUAAACUUGACAUGAAAUUUAACACAUAUUGCAAAUAAAUUUCAUGUGUGAUACUCAUUGAGCAACUUGAAUCAGCCUUUCCCUCCAACGAACAUAAGUGCAUAUAUUUAGGUACAGUAAUUAGAGAUGGUCUUAAGCAACUGUUUGAAUUAGUAUUUAAAAUUGGGAAAAAGUGCAGAAUCGCCCACUGCUUGGCAUGUUUUUAAGAAUUGCACAAACUUGGUAUCCAUGUACACAUCGAUCUAUUUUCACUUUAAAAAACAUCCCAGAAUUGCUCAAAAAUAGCAUUGUACACUCACUCCCAUCACUUUAUCCAUCGACCUAUUUUCACUUAAAAAGUCAAAAAAAAUUUACAAAAAUCCAAUUCUUCUUACUCUUGUAAAUAGCGCCAAACAAAUAAGUAGGCCAUUCUGCACUUUACCCUCUAUACUGCAUGGCUCUUGCAUUUUAAAAAUAUUUAUAUUAAAAAAUACAAUUUUUAGAAGUAUUUGGCAAUUUUUUCAAAUGUGUAUUGAAAUCUUCAGUUGUUUAAUAUUGUCAUGAAGUUCUGAAUGUAUUUACAAAUAUUUGCUUAAGCAAGAAUUCAGAAUUCUAACUGAUAAGAUUUACACUUCAAAAAAAGUAAACUAUUUUUAUUCUAUUAUUUGAAAGUUUUAAUUUUGUUGUUUUUCUACUUGUAUAUGUAAUUCCAAACAAUAUAUUAUUUGUGUCUUUUAAAAAUUAUUCUCGUAUAAAUUAUUUGUUAGUUAUGUCAUCGUUUUAUUCGAAAUAUGAAUGUUUGAAGUCAGUUUAUUAUUAAUUUUUAAUAUAUUUCUAUUUUGUUGCAUAAUUUUAUAUAUCUCUGUAAUACUAAGGAAACUUCACUAUAAAUGGGAAAAUAAGGGAGUAUUUACAUUUUAGCUGUAACAACUUUGAGCACUGUUGCAAGUUUUUCAUACAAGAAAUGGAUUGCUGUGGUGAGAAUUUCAUGUUGAUCAUUCCAAAAGUACACUUGAGGCAGUAGUUCCUUUAGUAAAUUUUGAGUAUAAUAUUGUAUACUUGCAAAAAGGUUUGUUACAAAUUAUAUUGAAACUUCUUGGAACUUAAGAGUGCAACAAAAAGAAUAUUUAUAAAAAUGUGGACAUUAUUUGUUAAAACUGGAGAACCUGUUUGUGAAUGAUUGGUGAAGUUUGAUAUGUUCUAAGCAUUUAUGGAAUUCUAACUAGUGAUUGUGCGUAUGAAUAGGUAAGUAUAAAAAAAAAUUCAUUUUUUUAAGAUACAGAGCAAUCUUAAAAAAAAAAAAAAGAGGUAUUAUCCUGUGUAUUAAUCAAAAGUUUCUGUGUGCAAUAUACCAGGAAGAAUUCAUGAUUGUAGAUAAUAUAUUAAUUAAUAUUAUUAAAAUUAUGAUCCUAAAGAGCAGAAAUUAUAAGUGCAUAUAGUAUUUAAGUAUGAUAUAAGGAGGCAAGAAAUAUCAACAUUACUACCAAAUGCUGUGAUUUAUAAUUAUUGAUGUUUUAAAAUGCUAAUAUAAAAAAUAUAAAUCAUAUUUUCAGAAGUGUCUGAAUUUGUGUUUAAUUCUUGAAUGUUGUCGAAUGAGUUCAUAAUGCACUUUCUACGAAG